CAUGUCCUGGGUGGAUCUGAGAUGGUGCUGCUCAUAGCCAUGGCCUUUGACAGAUAUGUGGCCAUAUGUAAGCCCCUUCACUACCUGACCAUCAUGAACUCACGGAUGUGCAUUCUGCUUCUGUCUAGCGCUUGGGUUUCUGGUCUCAUUCACUCAGUAACCCAGUUGGCUUUUGUUGUCCAUUUGCCUUUUUGUGGUCCUAAUGAAAUAGAUAGCUUUUACUGUGACCUUCCUUGGUUUAUCAAACUUGCCUGCAUAGACAGCUACAGAAUGGAGUUCUUGGUUACUGCCAAUAGUGGGUUAAUUUCCAUAGGCACUUUCUUUUUAUUGAUGAUUUCCUAUAUCUUAAUCCUGGUCACUGUAUGGAAACACUCUUCAGGUGGUUUGUCCAAAGCCGUCUCUACUCUUUCAGCUCAUAUCACUGUGGUGGUUUUGUUCUUUGGACCAUGCGUCUUUGUUUAUAUGUGGCCAUUUCCCUCAGUGUCAGUGGAUAAAUUUCUUGCCAUUUUGGACUUUAUGAUUACACCCAUCCUGAAUCCUGUCCUUUACACAUUGAGAAACAAUGAUAUAAAGAUGACAAUGAAGAGACUGAGUAGUCAUCUCCUGAGUCUGAGGAAGAUCUCCUGA